AUGUGGACUCCGAUUGCGGCGAUUCUUGCAUGGGUGCGGCGGCGGUCAACCAAAGUCAAGGCCCUCCUGGCGGCGGCGGCGGCGCUCUGCGCGCUGGUGGCUCUGAAACGGAUGGUUAAGAAUCCCACCCAUUUCUUCGUCGCAUCUGAGGCCAUUCAUUUCCUUGGGAUUUUGGUCUUGAUUUAUAAGCUCGCCACACUAAAAACGUGCUCUGGGCUUUCAUUGAAGUCACAAGAGCUUACUGCUAUAUUCCUAGCAGCAAGAUUGGUGUGCAGCUUUUUCAUGGAGGGCGACAUUCAUACCGUGCUUGAUUUUCUAACCCUUUGCUCGACUUUAUGGGUUGUCUACAUGAUGAGAUUCAAGUUGAAAUCAACCUACAUUGCCAAGCUAGACAACAUGCCCUUAUACUAUGUGAUUGUCCCUUGUGCGAUCCUAACCAUACUUGUCAAUCCUCACACGUCCCACGUGCUCCCUGUGCGCAUGCUUUGGGCAUUUGCUAUGUACUUGGAGUCUAUUUCAGUGCUGCCACAGCUCAAGAUGGUGCAAAAUGCCAAGAUAAUCGAGCCAUUCACCGCCCAUUACGUGUUUGCAUUAGGCAUUGCAAGGUUUCUUGGAUUUGCUCAUUGGAUCAUUAAGGUGUAUGAAAGUGGGGGAAAGUACUUAUUUCUGAUAGGAAGUGGCUACAUUUGGUUACCUAUGAUGCUGCUAGCAGAAACCGUUCAGACAUUCAUCUUGGCUGACUUCUGCUAUUACUAUGUUAAGGGCCUAAUGGAUGGUAGACUAAUUAUCUACAUGCCCCUUAAGCAUUAGACUCCUCCGGAUUUGGCGGGAACAUACCAACCCUUUUUUAUUUUUUGGCAGUUGUUUGGAAUAGGACAAGGUUGGAUUGGUUUUUUUGAGUUAUAGAGAAUUUUGCUGUUGUUUGUUUUUUAA